GAUAAGGUGCUCAGCUGCUCCGACCAAUGCCAUUAUUCGAGAACAGCUGAAAUCUUGCUCGUUUCCCGAGAGGCACACCGUAAUCAUGGUAGCGAAGCAGUCUCUGGAAAAGGGUUCUCUAGUCUUCGCAAAAGUGAAAGGCUACCCCCAUUGGCCAGCCCGUGUGGAAGAAGUGAAACCAGGAGACAAAUACGUUGUGCUUUUCUUCGGGACCUACGAGAUCGGAACACUAGACGUGAAGAACCUUUUUCUAUAUGGCGAGAAUAAGGAUCGCUUCGCCAAGCCCAACAAAAAGAGGUUUUUUGUUGAGGCUCUGGAAGAAAUUGAGAAACGACCGCAUAUGUCACCGCCGGUCACCCACGUCAUGGGCCGCUUUGGCAGGGAGAAGAAACCGCAAACUGAAGCAGCGGUUCCGGCGCCGAAGUCAGUCGAAUCUGAAGAGGCUAAAUCAGUUCCGAACGGAGUGAGGAAAAAGAAAAUUAACGACGAGAUCGCUGAACUUCCGGAGAGGAAUAGCCGUGCAAAACCCGGGGAGAAAUCAGAGGUGGGUGGCGAGAAGUCAACUGCAGCGAAUUCGAAGAAAAAGAGAUUGACCGAAGAGAAAGAGAAAGCCGAACUCGACGAUGCAGAGAUUCCGAAAAAUCCGCCCAAGCGCGCCUGUCUGAGUGCGAACAAAGAGAAAGGUGGCACAAAAUCCGAGCAAGCUGCGUCGGUCUUGAAGAAAGGUCUAAAUGUCAACGUUCAUCAGAGCCGCUCCGGUCGUACAAUCAAACCAAAGGAAGUUGGCACGGUCGAAGCUGAACGGCAUUCAUCGUCACCCGAAAUCACGACAACCAGUGCUCCUGCAUGCGGCUCGCCAGAUGUGAAACGAGGACGCCGAGGGAGAACUUCGGUUGUUGAACCUAGAUUAGAGAUUAAACAGACAAAGCACAGUCAGAGGACGAGCUCGAAAGCUGGAACAGAGACUCUAUUUGAAGAGCCGGGCUCCCCGAAGAAGACAUGUUUAUCGGCAGCUUCCGCUAGCACGAGUCAAACAGGUCAUCGACCAGCAGCAUCACCGAUGUCUGGUUGUCCGAUACCGACAAAAGCAGCUGUCAAACAACAAGUUCCCAGCGAGUCGGAAGCGCUGUCGGAGAGACGCGAUGAUCAGAAGAGUUCUGAGGACAGCUCUAGGAAAUCCACGAAGAAAUCCACAUCCCUGCCUGAAACUCUUGGCAAGACCGAAGAGCUAAACAAAGCCCAGGGGAGCGCGGCGGCGAAUCUAACAGGGAAACUCAACGCCGAGGAGUUCCGCAAACAAGUAGCCUUCCUAGAAAUGACCGACGCGAGCAUCAGAGCUAAUAUGGGCGUCGAACGCAUGGACCCGGGGAAAGCUUUCGAAGCGAUCGUCGCUCUGGAGAACAAAUUUAUCACGGCGCCCGCCAUCAAACGAUUUCCGAAACUGCUGAGUACCUUGCGACUAGUCCGUAGAUACCCGAAAGACGAGCGGCUCGCCAAGAAAGCCGACUACAUGUACAACAAAAUCAAGCAUUUCAUGAUGACAGUCUUCAUCAAUGAGGAGGAGAAAAGUUGAAGAUUGCUCAUCCCAUGCAUUCAACCAAACUCCAAAGGUUGCCUCAACGAGAAUCGCCGAUCCACGACGAGGUUACCGGUGCGGAAAUGCAAGAACAAGUUCUCCAUGAUCUACAGUCAUCAAGUCUCAUCACGAUGUGUCGUGAUUUACCUCACUGCCACUGAUGUUCUCCUUCUACAUGACGAAUACCUGACGUUGG